GGGCAUGGGGCUGGUGGCGGGCGGGCGGCGGCUCCUCAGGGCCGGCGGCGCGGCGGAGCAGUGCCUGUCGCGGGCGAUCAGCUCGGCGCAGCGCCCGAAGCGGCCCCUCACCGCCUAUUUCCGCUUCAUGAAGGAAAACCGCCCGGCUUUCAAGGAAAAGAACCCAGAAGCGAGCACCGUGGACCUGAUUAAAAUAAUAGCAGGCGCUUGGAAGAAGUUACCAGCAUCACAGAAGCAGGUUUACGAGGAAGCAGGAAAGACAGACUGGGAAAGAUAUGGAGAGCAGAUGACCAAAUACAAAGCCCAACUAACUCCAGCCCAGGUUGCAGCUUUGAAAGAGGAGAGGAGGAAACAAAUGGCAAAGAGAAGAUCAAUCCGGGCAAAAAGAGAAUUGAACACGCUUGGAAAACCUAAAAGACCUCGUAGCAGCUUUAACAUUUUUGUGUCAGAAAAAUUUCAAGAAAGUGAGGGAGUUUCACCUACGGCAAGGCUGAAGAAGGUGCUUGAUGCCUGGCAAAAACUGUCCACUUCUGAAAAGCAGCCAUACCUGCAGCUUGCUCAAGAUGAUAAGGUUCGGUAUGAGAAUGAAAUGAAGUCGUGGGAAGCAAAAAUGGUCGAACUGGGACGUGAGGACCUGGUGCGUUCCAGAAAGAAAAGGCUAAGAAAGAAACGUACUGAAACUGCAAAGCCAGCUGAGACAGCCAGAACUUCCUUGGGUAAAAAGGCAAAAUUAAAGUUGAAAAAAGCAGAAGAGUAAAA